AGCUACGAUUGCAUUAAUCUAUAUACAAGACUAUCAUGACGGUAAUAAAGAUUACAAGUCGAAAACCCUCGGCUGAGCCCAAAUCAGAGGACGAUCACUCGACGUCCGCGAGCCUAACCGUCAGCCUCGCGGACAAGAGAAUUGACACCGACUUUAUCCAUCCCGUGAAUGAAGAUGAACAUGCGCUGAUCACCUGGUUCAUCGAAUCCUUUGCAGCACAGGAGCCAUUCAACAGUCUGAGAGCUGCGGAUUCGCGCCGUGCCCUACUGAGGUACGGGGCUGAUUUGGCCAAAUGUCUCCGUCUCGCGCAACUAUGCGAAGAAACUGCAUUGGCACACAUUAUCCUCGAAAUCCAUGGAUCAGACGGUUCAAACUCCAAGUUAUCUUCACUCCACUGGGAACUUCUGGAAAACGUCGAGCUGUGGCCGUCGCCGAGACCCAAAUCCGUUUGCGUUGUCCGGGUCCCAUUCAAAGAGCAGGAAGACGGGUCUGUAGCAGAAGCAGCGAAAAUAUUUCCGCAGCCUGAUAAAGUCCUGAAUAUAAUUGUUGUGUCCGCCAGACCUGGGGGCACUGGAGAUAUACCGCACCGCGUUGUUUCCCGGAAGAUUGCAGAUAUCAUUCGCAGGCUUCCGCAGCAUGAGGCAGACAGAGUCAGACUGCAUCUUGUGCGCCCGGCUACCAUAGAUGCUCUUGAAGAGACGCUUUCCCAGUUAGACAAGCCCGAGUACCUCAACAUUGUCCAUUUCGAUGUCCAUGGAGAAUAUGACAAGGGUAAUCAAGACAUUUGUCUCGCUUUUAUUGAACACUCUGGAACCGGCCUGCAGCCAAGGUUGGUCCCUGUGGAUACAGUUGGUAACUUGUUGCGCAAAUACAAAAUACGGCAUGCUGUAUUGAAUGCCUGCAACUCAGCUCGGGAGUUUGAUCAGCAACCGAGUUUUGCUAAACGACUAAUGUCGUACGGCCUUGGAGAAGUUGUUGCCAUGUCGUUUGAAGCCAGUUCCAUAUCCGUGGAAACUUUCAUGUCAACCUUCUACGCCAUGCUACUGCACGGGAAGUCCACGAUCCUGGAAGCCACAUAUGCUGGACGACAAAGACUUACCAGUCAGCCAAUGCGUAACACCAAGUAUGGUGUCAAAGUCGAAGUCAGCGACUGCAUCGUGCCAGUCUACUACUCAUCGAAAGGGAUCCCUUCGGCAACAAGCCUUGCACAUGUAACGCAAGACUACAUUGAGCAGGAAGUACCCGAGCCAUAUCUCGACAAACACGGGGUCGAUGGACGCGAAUCUGACAUAUUCCUCUUGGAAACCUUUCUUUUGCUUCGAACGAAUAUUGCACUUGUACAUGGCAGCACCGGAAUUGGAAAAUCAUCGUUGCUCAGACAUUUUUGUUGGUGGUGGGAGUAUACCGGGCUUGUCAAGCGUUCGAUCUUUUACGACAUGUUUGCGAAGGAUCCAAACCUUGUUGUAGCCCUCAACACAGCCAGUAUUUGCAAGAGGAUACACCUUGACAUGCUAGGUGAACUUGACACCGAUGACGAAAGAUUGAUCAGGACCAAGGCUAUCCAGCAUCUACGUGCCAGUAACUAUGCCCUCAUCUUCGACAGCUUCGAAGCAGGAUACCUGGAGUCGCUUCGAGAUCGCCAACGGUUCAUCAUCGACUUUCUCGCCAAGUUAGUCGGAGGCAAAACUCUAGUAACCAUUGGUUCCAGAGUUCCCGAAAGGAUGGGAGCGCUGAAGAGCUUCACGCAUCAUUUGACAGGAAUAGAUAUGGUGCCGUGCACGGCAUUAGCCUCCAAGCUUCUCGCCAGUUAUUCGAAAAAUCUGCCGGAUCUCAACUCCGAUACGGUUAUUUAUUUCGAGAAGAUUGUCAGUCUGGCCGCCGGAAAUCCACUAGCUAUCAAGCUUCUAAUGCACGACCUCAGUAGAAAACCAACCAUCUCUAUCAAAGACUACUACUUUUCACUCAUGGAAGGCAAUGCCAUAGGAAUCGACUCUCAUUCGCUCGAACAAGAUAGCGAGAGCGGCGCCAGAGCUAUGCAAGAGCUCCUAGCUCUAGAGGAUCCAUACCUCCUCCCCAUCGGACUCUUCUGGGAAUAUCUGCCUCGAGCAGCCGUAGCCGUAUACAUUCUCAUGUGGGACUUGGAACAAAAAUACCGGACAUCAGGACUAUACGGUCCUCGUGAAAUGAACAUGACCAUUGCUUUCGGAAAAUGGCCGGAGCCUCUCCGUGAUUCGGUCAAGACAUUGGAAGAACACCUCUCGCCCCAUUUCGCCUACCUGACCCAAAACCGCUUCCUCCAACAAACAAGUCAUCCGGAUAAUGCUGAUGGACCGGAAUUGGGCUAUCUGUCGAUGAGCCCGCUGCUAACACUCGCGUUCCGCACUAAGCUUCAGGGCCAGGCCCUGGACUCGGCCAAAGAUGCAUUCGUUUACUUUCAAGAUUAUACUACAAGCAAGUGGGCAUGGCAGCGCCAAACCUGGGAGGAAGGCUUGGACACGAUGAUCUCCAAUGUCGAAUUCGCGUUUAACAACUACUUGACUGCGGCGAGCAUAUUGGUAUCUCGAAGACUGCUCGGCACUUCCGUCAUACAAAGCUCCAGCCGGCUGAUCCUUUUGCUGCAAUGGGGCCUUGCUCUUGAUUCUGGCAGAACCGAGGUAACUGUCAGUCUGUGGGACAAAGCUCUUGACCGGUAUUGGGAGAAGAUGGAACGGGAAGGCGAUGAGGAGGAUCAGCGUCGGUAUGAACAGGAACUGACGCAGUUUAGUCAGCCCAGCACUGCCAUUGUUUUGAAAGCCGUGGUCGAUGCCAAUGGGGUAAAUAUCACCGCCUCAGAGGAUGCCAACAUUGCUAUAAGAUACACUCAGACUAUCGUCCGACUUGUAACUCAACAGGAGAUCCUGAAACUAGCAUUGAUCCUUUGGUCAUACACGGGUUUAGAUCCUGUGAGAUCCGAAGCAUACUUAAACCGCAUUCACUGGAUCCGAGAUCAUCGUGUUCAGCUGGACAACCCGCCUUCGGAGCGACAACUUUAUGUCUCGGGACUCAUAGACCAAUCACUACAGUUCCUUGAAGACUUCGAAGAGAACGGGAAACAUGGAAUGCACAUCGUUCGCCCUCGUGGAAUGGAUAUCACAGGGAGUUUCCGAGAAAAUGGAUGACAAACGCCGAUUGGGAUCUUCAUCUCGCAUUCUACACAUGCGUGCGCUUCGAUCUGAGCUCAAGGAACUGCUGGCAGAGUACAGAUUCGACGAUAUGCGCCACAAACUAGAGUCGGUUUUCGAUGCUGAAGUGAAUGGCGGCGGCAAUGAUGCAG